UUCCUUAUAAAAAGGUGAAGGUGAAGCGCAUAGUGGAGUCAACAAUAUUUUAAUUUUAAUUAUAUCAUUUAUUUGAGUGUGAUCUGAUCGAUCAUCAUGGCAUACCCAAAUCCUUAUCCGCCGCAGCGACCACUGCCCUCCGCCUCCGCCCCCAUGCCGCCGCUCCCCACCGUCGUGAUCGGGCCGCAGUACUGCGCGCCGUACCCGGUGGAUCUGGCGGUGGUGAAGAAAGUCAUGACUAUUUCCGACGGUAACUUCGUGGUGACCGAUGUCAACGGCAACGUCGUAUUCAAAGUGAAGGGUUCUCUCCUCACCCUCCGUGACCGCCGCCUCCUCAUCGACGCCGCCGGCAACCCCAUCGUCACCCUCCGCCGCAAGAUAAUGACCGCACAUGAUCGAUGGCAAGCUUUUAGGGGUGAAAGCACAGAGUCCAAGGAUCUAUUAUUUACUCUGAAGCGAUCGUCCCUUAUCCAGUUUAGGACCAAAUUAGAUGUGUUUUUGGCAAGUAACACCAAAGAAGAUGUUUGUGACUUUAAGGUCAAAGGAAGUUGGAUGGAACGAUCUUGUGUUGUUUAUGCUGGUGAAUCUAACACCAUCGUUGCCCAGAUGCAUAAAAAGCAUACGGUUCAGAGUAUUUUCAUUGGGAAAGACCAUUUCAAUGUUACAGUGUACCCCAACAUUGAUUAUGCGUUCAUAGUGGCGCUAAUUGUGAUUCUUGAUGAGAUUAACGAGGAUGAGAAGCACGAUGAAUAAUUUUGAGUAGAGGAAUGAUAUACAUUCCCACAUCUUGUUGUACUUUUAUCAGUGGUGCUAUAUUUCCAAAUUCCAAUGUAAUAUUGUACUCGAAUUUGUUUAGGUACGGUCUUUUGUCGUUAUAAGUCUAAUAAGUAAAAAAAUUAAAUUAAAUUUGA